AUGUCGGACGCACAGCCUCCCAACGGCGAAGACCGCCAGCAGCCUGCCGCCGAGCCGUCUCAAGCUGGUCCUUCUUCCUCGUCCAACGCUGCUGCAGCAGACGGUGACGCAAAGAUGGCGCCAGCCGAGCCCGAAGAGGAGCCUCUUGACGCAGAGAUCCUCAACGCGUCCAUCGACGAGAUCCAGACUCGCACGCGUCUGCUCGAAAACGACGUCAAGGUGAUGCGCUCCGAACACAUGCGUUUGAUGCACGAACAGUCGUCCAAGCGCGACAUGAUCAAGGACAAUUCGGACAAGAUCAAGCAGAACAAGAUGUUGCCUUACCUUGUCGGAAACGUAGUCGAAAUUCUUGACAUCGAUCCGGAUAUCGACGAGGACUCCGAGGAAGGUGCUAAUGUCGACCUGGAUGCGAGGAGGAAGGGAAAAUGCGCAGUCAUCAAGACGAGUACACGUCAGACGAUCUUCUUGCCCCUCAUCGGUCUUGUACCUGCGGAAGAGCUCCGUCCCGGUGACCUGAUCGGUGUCAACAAGGACAGCUACUUGGUGCUCGACAAGCUGCCCGCCGAAUACGACUCGCGUGUCAAAGCGAUGGAAGUCGACGAACGACCCACCGAGACGUACACGGACAUUGGUGGACUGGACAAGCAGAUUGAAGAGCUCGUCGAAGCCAUCGUACUGCCUAUGCAGCAAGAGCAGAAGUUCAAGAAUUUGGGAAUCCGACCUCCCAAAGGUGCCCUCAUGUACGGCCCGCCCGGUACGGGCAAGACGCUGCUAGCCCGUGCGUGUGCCGCCCAGACCAACGCAUGCUACCUGAAACUCGCCGGCCCAUCGCUCGUGCAGAUGUUCAUCGGCGACGGCGCGAAGCUCGUCCGUGACGCUUUCGAGCUGGCCAAAGAAAAAGCACCUGCGAUCAUCUUCAUCGACGAACUUGACGCGAUAGGCACCAAACGUUUCGACUCGCAAAAGAGCGGUGACCGCGAAGUACAGCGAACAAUGCUCGAACUGCUCAACCAGCUCGACGGCUUCUCGUCGGACGAGCGCAUCAAAGUCAUCGCCGCCACCAACCGCAUUGACAUCCUCGACCCCGCUCUGCUGCGUUCCGGACGCCUGGACAGGAAGAUCGAAUUUCCUCUGCCCAACGAAGAGGCUAGAGCGAGGAUCAUGGAGAUUCACAGCAGGAAAAUGGCGGUCGGGCCCAACGUCAACUUUGAAGAGCUGGCGAGGUCGACAGACGAGAUGAAUGGUGCGCAGCUCAAGGCCGUGUGCGUAGAAGCCGGGAUGAUCGCGUUGAGGGAGGGCGCCACCGUCUUGGACCAUGAGCAUUUCCAUGGCGGCAUCCAGGAGGUGCAGGCCAAGAAGAAGAACGACCAGUUCUACUUUUCCUAG